AUGCCUCCCCGAGAGACUCGCAAACGGCGAGCCCCUGUGGUCAAUGUCGACGGUGUAGACUGUGGUCCCAAGUCAAAGCGUCGGACCGUUCCUAAUGAGCUACGGAAGCGGACAAGCAUGAGCUGCGAUCUGUGCAAAACUCGUCGCAUCAAAUGCAUCCGCCCAAUCACCGAGGAUGGCGAGAACACGCUCGCCCCAUGCGAGAACUGCACCACCUUGCAAGUAGCAUGCCAGUCGGCUUUGCCGAGGAAGACGCGCAUAUAUGGGAGCCUGGAAAGCCUAAGUGCAAGAUAUAGAACGCUGGAAGCCUUGGUAAAAGCCUUUUUCCCUGGUAGGGAGAUCAACGACGAGCAGCUGGCCGAGAUCGCCCGUGAAUACGGAGUCUCUGUUCCGACGGUCCAACCACCUGAAGAGUCUUCUUCUCUUGCACAGGCCUUGGACUCCGACACCCUACAAGCCUCAUUACUAUCUUCAGCUCCCGCCGCUGAACUCACAUCCACAUCUCGAGAUCGCUGUGACGAUAGCGCAAGCAAUCAUCAGCGCACAACCAGCACCUCGGCUUCACAUCCUGCCAUUUUUAAUCACAUGGACAUCAACGACGAGCAGCUGGCCGAGAUGGCCCGCGAAUACGCUGUCUCUAUUCCGGUCCUCCACCCCCCUGAAGAACCUUGUUCUUUUGCCUGGACCUUCGACUCCGACACUCUACAGGCCUCGUUACCACCUUCAACUCCCGCCGUUGAACUCAUCUCCACAACCAUAAAUCACCGUCACGAUGACGCAAGGGAUCAUCAGUGUGCAACUGGCGCCUCGGACUCAUACUGUGGUCGAGAGGGACGCGCAACACAGAUCUAUCAGAAAGGAAGCCUCCAUCCCGUGUCCGAAUAUCCCCCGAAACUUGGCCGCCCGAGUGAACGUCUAUAUCCAAAUACGGAAGGAGUAAUGUCGUACCUCGGGCCCAGUAGCAGUUUCGAAUUCAUGAUCGUACUGCGGAGACUUGUUACGCAUAUUACAAAGAAGACUUCCCUUCAAGAGCCGUUUUCUUCAGGUCGGGAGAGCAUGGCCAUCGAAAAUGGCCUCGAGGAUUCGGGGCAAGACAACGAUGGCCCCGUUCAGAUUUCCAGUAAGAAGGGAGCGCUGGAUGUUUCAACAACCCAGCCUGAAGCCGCAAUGGCAGGUCCAAUUUCCACCCAGAACAGAGGAAAUCCUCCGUUGAGCAAUGGGGCGGUAAACAGUCUGUCAUCUUUGAGAGUAAAUGUCCGCUCGAGGCCGUCAUCCCACGCCGAGGAAGGGCUUGGCAACAUUGUUACGUCGACUCAAGACAGUUUGCCAUCCAGAGACGUCUCGGAUAUGCUUGUUAAGGCCUUCUUUGACUACGUGCACGGAAACUACGUUAUCUUCCAUCGAGGUCUUUUCCAGAUGCAGUAUGAACGUCUCUUCCUGUCGCCUGAGGAUGCUGAAAGUGAUUUGGACCUGCCCGACGGCUCGAACAAUCAAAUUGACAAGGGAUGGAUUUGCUGCAUUUACAUGGUGUUCGAUUUUGGGUACCAAGCAUUGAAGCAUCGGCGCCCAAGACAGGCCCCGGCUUUACAGCAGAGCUAUGUCAAGCUGGCACAAAAUCAUCUUUAUGAAAUCGUCAAUACUACCUCACUUUCGAAUGUCCAGGCUUUGCUUCUAAUGCAACUACACCAACACAACUCGGGGGCUCGAAAUGCCUCGUGGAUGCUCCUCGGCUGCGCUUGUCGCAUGGCCAUCUCUAUGGGUAUGCACAGGGAGCGCGCACGAGGCGGUUUCGGUCCCAUCGUGCGAGAACUGCGCCGCAGGGUCUGGUGGACCAUGUAUACUUUUGAAAAACAGGCGUCGUUGAUUUUGGGUCGUCCUUCAGCGAUACCGGAAGAUGGCGAGGUCGACGUGAGGCUUCCCGACGAGAACUACAUGGAUGGGAAGACUUAUUAUCAGUCUGGGCUCUUGAGAAACAUGCUGGCUUUGACCGACAUCCUGAUCAGGAUCAGGAAAAGCUUGUUCGGUGCCGCAGACGCUGCUUCGGCUACUGGCCGCAGUUCUGCUGCUGCAAUCUCUCGGAUACCGGGCCUCGAUGCAGACACGGUACGAUCAAUCAUCUCGCAGCUUGACAAUUGGUUCCGCGGGCUACCUUCCAAUCAUCAACCUCAGUCGAAUGCCAAAGGGUCGCAUGAUUAUCGAGCGGCACACUUGCUACACCUCGUCUACUACCACGCCAAGCAGGUUGUCACGAGAUCAUAUCUGCUUGAGAGAUUGGAAGCGGAAGUCGAUUUCCAAGACGAUCCAAGCAAACCGCGGGCCUCCUUGAGCGAUUCAGACCAAAUGGAGCUCAGUACAGUAUGCAUAGAUGCAGCUGUAUCCAGUGCUCUAGUCUUGGAGAGUUUAUGGGAAAGCAAUCAAGUUGACGGCGUGGCAUGGCUUGAUAUUUACUGGGCUUACCACAGCGGCGUUAUGCUGCUUAUCGAUCUACUGCGCGAGCAGCACCAGGCUUCCCAAAGAACAAGCAACACCACGGCAGACGAGCCGACGCGGGCUCACUCGGAUACUAAGAGAAGAGAAGCCCUCAAACGACUCAUCGAAAUCCUGCGCAAGGUCAACCUCUGCAAGACCAUGCGUGUCUUCGCCAACGUGACUCUGGCGCUCGCCAAGGUUGCCGGCGUAGGCCUUGACGAGGGAAGAGAAGACCCGAGCGAUGUUAUUCCCCCCCAAGCUGCGGCAGCAAUGGGUGGGAUCACCGCGGACACUACCGCUGCUCCUGCUGCAGAUUUGAGUGUCAUGAACCUCGAGCCCUUUGGGUCCCUGUCUUGCACCGACCCCUGCGCCGCUAGAUAUCCGUGGAUGGAUGGAGACCAUGCCUUGCCUAUGGAAAUAAACGGAAAUACUUCAUAUGAAUUUGACUGGAUCGAUCUAUAG